AAAAAAUGAUGCAGAGCCACGCCCCUUCGCUACUCCCCUCCCCCGCUCGCCUCGGCCUCCCCUCCUCCCACUCCCCGAACCCUAACCCUAACUCCACUACCUCCACCCCGAACCCUAACCCUAACCCUAACCCUAACCCUAAUGCCAAGCCUCCUCCUCCUUCUUCCUCCUCCACUCCCCCCGCCAUCACCACCGCCACCACCACCACCACCACCUCCUCUUCUCUUCUCUCCCUCCUCCCCCCCCUCCCCCGCGCCCAAUCCCUCCUCCUCCACCUCUCCUCCCUCGCCUCCAAGCUCUUCGACGCCUCCCCCAACCGCCCCUUUUGGCUCGCCUCCUACCGCGGCUCCUUCCCCGCCUUUCCCCCUUCCUCCUCCUCCUCCUCCACCGCGUCCCCUACGACCAUCUCCCUCCCCUCCUCCACGAAGGAGCUCCUCGCCCUCGCCACCUCCCUCCAAACCCACCUCUUCGAAUCCGUCGCCGAGCUCCAGGAGAUCCUCGACCUCCAGGACUCCGCCGCCAAGCUCGCCCGCGACGUCCGCGCCAAGGACGCCACCCUCCUCGCCCUCGCCCACAAGACCCGCGACGCCCACCAGGUGCUCGACCAAUUGCUCGACGACUACGCCGACUACCGCCGCCGCCCCCUCAAGAAGGCCCGUGCGGACGCCGGCGCCGCGCCCGAGCCGGAGUUCGCCCUCCGAUCGGGGCUCGAUCUCCAGGAGAUCCUCGCGUACGCGCACCGCAUCAGCUACACCACCUUCGCCCCGCCCGAGCACGGGGCCGGGCUCGCGCCGCUCCGCGGAGCACUCCCCCCUGCGCCGCAGGACAACGAGAUGCGCGCGUCGCAGCUGUACCACUUCGCUGACCUCGACGUCGGCGUCCCAAAGAAGCCGACCGAGGCAAAGGAUCGGGCGGCGGCGGCAGCAGCUGCAGCCGAGCCGAUGGAAGCUUUAAUGGAGCCGACCCCGCCGAGGGAGGAAUUGCCCACGCCGCCGCCCGGGGUGGCGAUCCCGCCGCCGCUGCUGCCGAUCGCGGUGCCGCCCGGGUGGCGGAAGGGGAUGCCGGUGGAGCUGCCGAGCGAGAUCCCACCCGUGCCGCCAGGGUGGAAGCCUGGGGACCCGAUUACGCUGCCGCUGGAUGGGGUGGCGGUCGGGAACAAGGCGGAGGAGCCGCGGGUCAGUGGUGCUCCUGUGCCCGCCGGGCCGCCGAAGGGGCCGGAGCCUAUACAGGUCAAGUAUGUGCAGCUUGAUAUCAAUCCGGAUCAGGAUGAGUAUAGCAGCGAUUACAGCAGCGAGGUCGGGAGCUCGGAGGAAGAUGACGACUAAGCAGUUCUGGGGUGCUAAAUGUUGUAAUAUUGUGCUACGCUAGCGGUUUCAAUAUUUUUGGCCUGUUUCCUGCCAAACAGAAUGCCUGGUUCGUCUGUCGCACGUACAUGUCGGUUGCGAGGAGGCGUGUCAAUGAAACCAUACUCUCAAGAGAAUAUAAGCUGAUCUUUCGUAUUUUACAUUGAGAAUAGUUAUUAUGAAUUUCUAUUUUGUUUAUGAGCUGUAGCUAAAGAUCACUGUUGCCCCUCUUGCUUUUGUAGAUGUGGGCUUUGAUAUUGAGACAAUAGGUAGAAACAAACAUCAUGUAGUUAUAUGCAUGCUAUGUAGAUAAAGGUACUUGCCUUAGUUGUCCACAUGCCCAAAAAAAUGUAAAAAUCUUGUUAAUUUUUUUGUUUUUUUUUUUUAAUUUGCAUUAUAUAAAUGGCAAAUCAAACGAUCUUUCUCCUAA